CCCCGCCACUGUAGGGUAAUAAACAAAUCUCAUCUCUAGAUUUAAUCUCGAUCGUCUAUCUCCUUUCUUCUCUCAUCUUGUGCUUAUCACUCUCUUUUACUUUCUCUCUCUUUACUUCCCUCACUUUUUCUCUCCCUUCAAAUUCACAUCCUCAAUGGCGAUAAAAACCCUAAUUCCACUGAUUUCUAAAUAUCUCUAACAUUUUCCAUCAUUCAGCUCAUAUUUUUUCAAUCGAACAUAAAUUUCAUACUUUUUCGUUAUUUUUGGCGCUGGUACGACCUUUUUGGAGUUUAUUGGUUUUAUUGGAGUGAAUGGAAUGAUAACGGAGAAGUAUAUGACCAUGACAUCUGAAGUAGGAGUACGAUCGAUCGAUUACGGUGAAGAAACGGUAGGAAAAGAGAGGGAAAGAGGUUAUGACAUUUUUCGAAGUCCUUCGGCGCCGCCUACGAUCGAUGGUAAUGGUAGUGUUGGAGGUUUAUUUAGCGUCGAUAAUGGCGGAAAUGGUGUAUUUUCGCGCGAAGUAUCGGAAGAUGAGUUAAGGUCUGAUCCAGCUUACAUAAAUUACUACUAUUCGAGUGUUAAUUUAAACCCAAGGCUACCCCCACCAUUGUUGUCCAAAGAAGAUUGGAGGUUUGCUCAGAGGUUGAGUAGUGGGCCUGGGAAUGGGUCUGGGCUGGGAGGGAUUGGAGAUAGGAGGAAAGUGAUUGGAGGUAUAAAUAAUUGGGAAGAAGAGUUUAAUGUAAGUAAUAAUAAUGGUAAUAAUGGUGACAUUAAUAAUAAUGGGGUAAACGGAAAUUCCUUGUUUUCUGUAGGAUUUAAUGGUGUGAAAGAGGAAGAGAGUAAUGGACAAACUGAAUGGAAUGGUGUUGGAUUGCCUGGAUUAGGGUUGGGAAGUAGGCAGAAAAGUAUUGCUGAAAUUAUUCAGGACGACUUGAAUAAUUCUACCUCUGCUGCUAGGCUACCGUCUCGACCAGCUAGCCUCAAUGGAUUUGAUGAGAACAUUGCAACUUCUGAGGCUAAGUUGGCUCCCUUGUCGUCAACAGAACCUUUGCAUGGUGGAGUCCUGCAAGGCCUUUCAGCAAACCGCAAUGGUGAUGUUUCAGCUUCUCUUAGUUAUGCUUCUGCUUUAGGCGCAUCCUUGUCAAGGAGCACCACUCCUGAUCCUCAGCUCAUUGCUAGAGCUCCUAGUCCUCGCAUCCCCACAGCUGGUGAAGGCAGAAUUAACUCAAUUGACAAAAGAAGUGUGCACAGUCCUAAUUCUCUUCAUGCCACUUCAAACGGACCUAGUGCUGCUACAGAUCUUGUAUCUGCCUUAUCCGGCAUGAGUCUGUCUUCGGACGCUCAGAUGGACGAGGAGAGGCAUAUGAGAUUGCAAUUUCAGCGCGGGGUUGGUGACCACCGAAACUUGUUCAAUCUACAUGGUGAUCAUAACCAUGUCAAAAAGAGUGCUCACUUGAAUUCUGCUGAGUUUGCUCCACUCAAGCAGCAGUCUGUAUCCCAUUCUACUAAAGGCUCAUAUCCGGCUAAGGGAAAUUUCAGUGGAAGGGAUCAAAACCACUACUUCAGGUCUGAUGGAGUUGAGCAUCACAAACAUGGUGGACCAAAUUCACCCUCUAACUUUCACAGUGUUGGCAGUCCUAGCUCAGCUAUUCCAAAUUACAGCCUCAGUGGACACAAUAUCAAUCCUGCUUUGGCAUCAAUGAUGGCUGGUCAGCUUGGCAGUGGGGCAUUGCCACCAUUAUUCGAAAAUGCUGCUGCCUCUGCCAUUGGUGUUGGUGGUUUGGAUUCUAGGGCACUGGGAGGAAGCGUGCCUUCGCGAGCAAACUUGAUCGCUGCUGCUGCAGAGCUGCAAAAUGCCGGUUGGGGGGGAAGUCAAUCUCAGUUGGACCCCCUGUAUCUGCACUAUUUAACAUCAAAUGAUUAUUCUGCUGCCCAGUUGGCUGCUCUGAAUGACCCUUCCCUUGAUGGAGGCAAUUCUUACAUGGAUUUUCUAGCACUCCAGAAAGCUUAUUUGGGAUUGCUGUCACCACAAAAAUCAGAUCGGCCUUACCUUGGUAAAUCCGCUGGACUGAAUCAUGGCUACUAUGGCAACCCAGGUUUUGGGAUUGGCACAGGGUAUGCUGGAAAUCAUUUAGGAAGUUCACUUCUUCCUAACUCCCCUGGUAGUCCUUUGAGACAUGGUGAGAGGAAUAUGAGGUUGUCUUCUGGGAUGAGGAACUUAGCUGCUGGCAUGAUGGGAAACUGGGGAUCCGAAACCGGAAGCUUCAUGGAGAACAGCUUUGUGUCCUCUCUGCUUGAUGAAUUUAAGAGCAACAAGACUAAAUGUUUUGAGCUCUCUGAAAUUGCUGGUCAUGUUGUUGAGUUUAGUGCGGAUCAGUAUGGCAGUCGCUUCAUCCAGCAGAAACUUGAAACAGCUACACCAGAAGAGAAGAAUAUGGUUUUCCAUGAAAUAAUUCCCCAAGCAUUGUCACUGAUGACAGAUGUUUUUGGUAACUACGUCAUUCAAAAGUUUUUUGAGCAUGGAACUGCAUCACAAAUUAGGGAACUAGCUGACAAACUCACUGGUCAUGUUCUCACACUGAGCCUUCAAAUGUAUGGCUGCAGAGUAAUUCAGAAGGCCAUUGAAGUUGUCAAUUUAGACCAGCAGAAAAAGAUGGUUGUGGAGCUGGAUGGCCAUGUGAUGCGCUGUGUGCGUGACCAAAAUGGGAAUCACGUUAUCCAGAAGUGCAUUGAGUGCAUACCUGAAGAUGCUAUCCAGUUCAUUAUAUUAACUUUUUAUGAUCAAGUUGUGACAUUGUCAACCCAUCCAUAUGGGUGUCGAGUCAUCCAGAGAGUUUUGGAACACUGCCAUGACCCUACAACCCAACGUAUUGUGAUGGAGGAGAUUAUGCAGUCCAUCUCUAUGUUGUCCCAGGAUCAGUAUGGGAAUUAUGUUGUUCAGCACGUGCUGGAGCACGGAAAGCCACAUGAACGCUCUGCUAUAAUAACCAAAUUGACUGGGAAGAUAGUUCAAAUGAGUCAACAAAAAUUUGCUUCAAAUGUGAUAGAAAAAUGUCUUGCGUUUGGCGAUACAACAGAGCGCCGCAAUAUGGUGAAUGAAAUGCUUGGAGCUACUGAUGAUAAUGAGCCACUUCAGGUGAUGAUGAAAGAUCAGUUUGCAAACUAUGUUGUGCAAAAAGUGCUGGAAACUUGUGAUGACCAGCAGCUCGAAGUGAUUCUCUCACGAAUAAAGAAUCAUCUGAAUGCACUGAAGAAGUAUACAUAUGGAAAGCAUAUUGUUGCCCGUGUAGAAAAACUUGUUGCAGCUGGAGAGAGGAGAAUCAGCUUGCAGACUCCCUAUCCUGCUCCAGUGGCAUAGAUUAAAAAGAGAAGAGGAGAACCAGUUUGCUGUCUCCCUCCCUACCCAGCUCCGAUGGCAUAGAAGAAAAAGGCGUUGUACAGCUAACUGAGGCUAGUAGGAAAGUGGUUCUCUCUACCCUUUGUUUUGUUUUAUGCCUGCUGUAGCUCCCGUCUAUUUAUUAAGGUUGGACCGAGAGCUGAAUGAAAAAUAAAAGUCUGUUGCAACUGUAAAACUGUAAAUUGUAGCGUUUUCUUUUGUUUCUCGAGAAUAUAUAUAUACCUAGAAAACCAGGUUAGUUCAAGGCUCAAAUGGUACAAGUUACCAGAUGCCCCCUCCCCUUGCCGUAGAGACUUGAAAAAAUUACUGUACAAGUUUCGAGGGUGUAUAGAGAAGGCUGUGGAGGUAGUAAUAUUUACGACUUAAGACUGUACAGAUCGUUGCUAGCCGCAGAAGAAGAGCGAAAGAGAGAGCCUUCGUGUUAGAACUUAGAAUUGAGGCUAUAAGUUUUCCUUUUUUCUUUUUAACUGUGUAUCGGAUUGAUAAUUUCUUCUUUGAAAGAACAAUUUUCUCA